UGGUUGGGCUUUCAACAGCACUUUGCAUUUCUGAAUCCCUUCCACAAUGCUCAAUCACUGUUAUUUCUGAAGCGUUUUCUCCAAAUACCACUGGUGAUGUUGCAGCAGGAUGUCUCAUUCCUCACAAGUAUGAUGGACAGAGCAGUCCCACCCACUCUUUACAUAGGCUUUCUAUAGGCCUUAAAGGGGCUGGCCUUCAAGAUUGUCAAAUGACACACACGUUGAUUGGAUGUUCACUGGAUUUGGCCGGCAUAACAUUGCAAUAGAAGCAUUACUAUAAGCACUUAUUUAACCCUUUCACAGAUGGAUUAAAGCAAAAAAAAGAUACAUCACAACAACAGCAGAAAGACUGGUUUAAGGACACUUUUCAGCACCUCUUUAAAAUUGCUAAUUCCUCUGAGGGUUCAGAUGCCGGUAUUAACCUGCUUUCAGGAUGGCAGAUAUUUAAGACCAUACCAGAAGAACCCUUCCCUUUUUGGUACGAUGUUGUCCUGGGAUUUCGGAUAAUGACCGACUCGGAGCUGAAGAAGUUCCCUUACCAUGUAUUUGGGCAGUCCUUCACAACUCUCAAGUGCCAGGCAUCACUUUACUUACCUUGGAUGGAAAAAAAAAUUAAACAAAAAGGUGGGAAAAUUCUAACAGGGAAAAUAGACAAUGUCUGGGAUCUUCAUGGCAAGUAUGAUGUGGUUGUGAAUUGCACAGGUUUGGGAUCGAGAGAUCUGUUUGACGAUUUGUUGGUUUACCCAAUAAGAGGCCAGGUAGUGCAAGUGUCUGCCCCCUGGCUCACACACUUCAUCAGAGAUGGUGAUGGCAGCACUUAUAUUUAUCCUGGAAUAAACAGCACAACGCUUGGUGGAACAAGAGACAAAGACGAUUGGCGGAUGUCACCAGAUGGUCAGACCAGCAAGCAGAUUUUAGAUCGCUGCUGUGCUAUUGAACCUUCUCUUCAGAGUGUUAAGGGAUUUCAUGAGAAGGUUGGUUUGAGGCCUGCCAGAGCGGCUGUGAGGCUUGAAAAAGUCAUCCUUGUAAAGAACGGACAACAUCUUCCUGUAGUACAUAAUUAUGGACAUGGUGGUGGUGGAUUUUCUGUGCAUAUAGGGACUGCCAAGGCUGCGACCAGACUAGUAGAGGAGUUAAUUCCUUCCUUAAAAGCAACUUGUACUAAGUCAAAAUUAUGAGUUUGGUAAAUAAGCUAAAGAUACGGUUAGGAAAUUGUUGCUUUAAAUCGCUCUAUUGUCAACGUUAUUCCAGUACUUUUUAUACAGAAAACUUGUACAGUUUGAUCACAAUUGUUAAACCAUUUCCUUAUAUCAUAAAAUAAUAAUACCAAUAAUAAAUGUGAUCCCAUCAAAAUCAGAAUACAAAUACAAAAAAUAUAUUUACAAUU